AUGUCAACAGAAGAAGAAGGAUCGGAAGAGGACGAGCAGCAGGAGGCUCGACAAAGCAAGGAGUCAGGUAAGGCUUCCAAUGCGAAGCUGCAGACGGCGACCGUGGAGCAGUUCUUCAAGAAGAAGCCGAAAGACGAAGUCCAGACGGAGGAGACAACAAAGGAGGCGGAGAAGCCCACAAAAGCGAAGAAGGAUAAGGCAAAGGAAGACGAGGAGGAGGAAGCCAAGCCUAAAAAAGCGAAGAAGAACGCGGCAAAGGAAGAGGAGGAGGAGGAAGCCAAGCCUAAAAAAGCGAAGAAGAAUGAGGCAAAGGAAAAGGAGGAGGCCAAGACCAGAAAAGCGCGGAAGGAUGAGGCAGCAAAGGAGGAGAAGCCCAAAAAAGCGAAGAAGGAUAAGGCAAAGGAAGAGGAGGAGGCCAAGCCCGCACAAGCAAAGAAGGAUAAGGCAAAGGAAGGUGAAGAGGCCAAGCCCAAAAAAGCGAAGAAGAAUGAGGCAGAGGAAGAGGAGGAGGCCAAGCCCACAAAAUCCAAGAAGGAUAAGGCAAAGGAAAGUGAGGAGGCCAAGCUGAAAAAAGCGAAGAAGAAUGAGGCAAAGGAAGAGGAGGAGGCCAAGCCCAAAGAAGAAAAGUCAGGAUCAAAAAGGAAGGGUGAAGGUUCCACCAAUGUUGCAAAGAAGCUGAAAGGCAAUGCCCCCCAGUUGGCAAUCAAAGACCAGGAGGAGAAAUCCAAAGACCAGGAGGAGAAACCCAAAGACAAGGCUACCAAAGAUGCAGGGGAGGGAAAGAGUGAUGCAAAGAGUGCAGUCAAGACGAAGAAGAAAGAGAAGGGAGCCAAGCAGAAGAAGAAGUUGGCCAAGGCAGAGAAGAAGUUGCAAACCAUAAACUCCAGUACGCAUCACACAGAAUACUUGAGAUACAAACGCUGGAUCAAGAACCGCAAACGAUUCCCCCAGGCACUUGUUGGUAGGAUUGAAACGGAAGAUGGAAGGGCCAAUCUCUUCAGAGACUACAUAGAGGCCGGGGGGAAGGUGGAGCAGAUCCUCCUGAAGCACGAACAGAUGCUGUGUGAACAGCAGAGGACGAUCACCGAUCCGGAGUCACCGGAAGACAAGCUGUAUUUCGUGUUUGUCGAGAUCAAUAUCGAUGAUAUCCGCGAGCUGAAACGCAUAACGAAGCUGGAGUUGAGUGGAGGUGUAGAUUCAGAAACUCUGGCAGCCUUCACCAAGGCAGGUGGAGUCCUGGACCCAAAGGCACAGCUUGCGAGCGCAGAUGGAAAGGGCAGUCAAGCGGCCAUGAACAAAGCUUUGGAGCUGUCCCAGCUCAACAAGGGCGGAGGCAAGCAGAACAACCGAAAGAAAAAGAAAGACAAUGGCAAAGAAGACGCGAAGGAGCUGAAGCCCAACGAGCCGAUCGACGAUGCCAAGGCGUUGCAGCAUGUGGUUCUGAAAGAUAGCAACACUUGCCGGGAAAAUGCUUUCAAGCUGGCCCCGCUGAGAAUGUCGGGACCACUUAUAUCACAGCUGAAGGCUGUGGAGGUGUCACUGACGGCAAAGGCCAAAAUUCUGCAGAAGCUGAUUGCGGCGAAGAAGAACAAGAAGAAGCAUUAUGCACAGGUGACUGGAGAGGUUCAGGAGCUGCAGAAGUUGGCCAAAGAGCGGGUGGAUUUGGCCAAAGCCUUGAUUCGGGCUAGUGCAAAGUCAUCAAAGCCAAAGUCGGCCUCCCCGGGGAAAGGCUCAGGGGGUAAGGGCGCGGAAGAUCACGAUCCAGAUCGAGGUCGAUGGGGCGAGAACACAUUUUUCGAUCUGUGGCUGCACUGUGAGCCGGGACGGAACUGGGCGAAAAUCCAUGCAACGGAUGGAUGCCGGCAAGCCGGCGAUUUGCUGCUGGACGGGGUGGAUUGCCCCUUGGCAGAGAUGUUCGCGAGCUGGAGGUGGUAUGCGAAAUGCUCGAAAAUUCCGAUGGGAGAAGUGGAACUUCCGCUUCGUCUGGAGAAGCCUGGUGGUGAUGUUUGCGAGACCAUGCAAGAGUAUUGGGGAAAGCUUUCUUCCGAAGAAUCUGUUCAGUUGCUUCAACUACAAGAACCGGGGAAAACCAUCCCAAUCUUUUGGCACACGGAUGGUGUGCGGGUUUACAAGCAGCAGAAGUGCUGGAUAUAUUCGUAUUCAAGUGCGCUGAAGAAAGGACCGUCUAUGCAAUCCAAGCUACUAUUGCUUUUGGUCAGAGAGGCUUUGGUCUGGAAGCCAUUUACACACGAUCGAGUUGCAGAGGUCAUUGCAUGGAUCCAAAAAGUGUUGCAAACUGGCAAAUACCCUGUCGAAAACUUCAUGGGGGCCCCGUGGGAAGAGGGAUCUUUGCAGGCAAAAGUUGCCGGGUCUUUUUUUGCAGGCGGAUGGCGAUUUGCUUUCAGUGGUUGCAAAGGCGACUGGGAGGCGAAGGCAUAUAUCCACAAGCUACAGAGGAGCUACAGACACGACAAUAUAUGCGAACACUGCCUUGCGAGCAAGAAAGAUGGACCUUUCUAUUACAAGGAUUUUUCGCCCAACGCCGGCUAUUUGAACCUUCAGUUCACACAUGCGCAGUUUAUGAUCAUGACGCCUGCAGAGCAACAGUCAAAAUGGCAACAUGUUCCUGGGUGGACGAAAGACCGAAACUUGGAAGAUUUGCUCCAUGUCUUGCAUCAAGGAGUUGCCUGUUGUGUUAUUCCUGCACUCGUGAUUGAGUGCAUCGUACAAUGCUGCGGGGGUGAUAUGACACUGAGCGACUUGCAGAAAAAACUGCAGACGGAUGUGUGGAAACACUACAAAGCAUGGUGUCGCGAGAACGCUGUCGCUGCAUGUGGGCAUCGCUUCAGCUUGAUUCGUUUCGGAAAAGAGGCAUGGAACCAUGCCCCGGAAUUAGCGAGCUGCUACAAAGCCUACACGGUCAAGCAAAUGAUCUACUGGGUGCAUGCGUACUUGGUGGAUACGAUGCCUCAGUCACGACACGACCUCACAUGUGCUUCAUAUUCGAUGGCGAAGGUGCAGUUCAACAUGGAUGUAAGUGGGCCGUUUUUCCAGGAAGACCUGAAAAAGGAUACCGUUCUUAUGGGCCGCAGCUUCCUUAUGUUCUAUCAACGCAUCGCAGUUCAAAACGCAGGCUCUGCUCGAAAGAACUUCAAAGUCAUUCCGAAGUAUGAGCACUGCUAUCAAGAUGAAGACUUGAUGAAGGAGAUUGGCCGCAUAUGCUCCAGCUGCCACCCU